UUCGUCGCUUCAUUCUUCAGAUAUAAUAUACCAGGUAGUCCCUUUAACCUACAGGCAACAUCGCACGUUCUUUAAAGAGUAACUAAACGAUACUCGAUUUAAAAAAUAAAACUGCUUUUCCGGUUCCGCUCCUCGUCCGAGUGUCACCUUUGACAGUUCGUCAUUCCUUUUUCGUGCGAGGCAACAGACGCACGCGCUCCCGCAAAAAUGCCGAAGCGCAGUGCUCAAGAAAAGUUAGAACGUUACGAAAGAAAAAUACGAAAGAUACAGGAAAGACAGAAGAGUAAUACUGAGAAGAAUCGACGUCGAAUAGCACGAUCUAUAGUUUCUUCGGACGAUGAAAUUAACGAAGAUGCUGGCACGGUUCAAAUUGAACCUGAAACUGGCCUAGCUGAUCAGUGGGAAGACGAGCAUCCCCCAGCGGCAGCCCCCGCCUCACUUGAGAGCGCGGAGCCCGCACUGGACGCGGAGCCUGCGCAGGCCAUGCCGUCGCCCGCGGGCGCCCCGGACGAGGCCGCCCCCCUCGCCGCCGCCGUCCAGAUCCCCGACGUGACGCCCGAGGCGACCCACAACGCUGUAGACUCUGUCCCCAGCUGCAUGGAUCUGGAUCCGGAAUUGAUGUCAGCGCUAGGGGCUUCUACGUCCGACACAGCUGAGUUUGGUGAAAAUAUCCAUAGUAGCCUAGCCAAUCUCUGGACCCCUUUGUUAAAGAAGGGAUUGCAAAAAGAAGAAAAGGACAAUUUAUUAAAAAAUUACCUCGUGCCUGCUAAUUGCAAAUUACUACAAGCGCCUAAGCUGAAUGCAGAAAUUUCCGCAGCUGUAUCUGAGGUAGUAAGAGGACGCGACAAGAAACUUAUUGCUUUCCAACAACAACUUGGGACGGCUACCGCAGCAGUAAACAAGGCGAUGAAUACUUUGCUUACGUCCGAUGAUAAAAUAUCAGCCCUUAGAUAUUUGAGCGAUAGCUGCCGCAUCCUGGCUGACUUACAUCACUUAUUCUCAAAAGACAGAAUAAAACUAAUAACCCCAAGCCUAGAAAAGAAUUUUCUACAUGUAAUCCAGGACACGGAACGCGACGAGACUCUCUUCGGCGCGACACUGGGAGAUAAAAUUAAAGCCAGUAAAGCUAUCGAGAAGCAGGGCUCGCAAAUAAGGAAAGUUGCAACGAGUCAGAAGAUGAACACUCCGCAAGCAUCUUCCAGUCGUCCUGCCCCUCCGGGAAACUGGUCAGGACCUCCUCGUUACUCGUCCAACAGGGGGGGGCGAGGAGGCCAGAGGAAGGCGACGUCGACGCGCGGCCGCACCUACCCCCCGGCUCACCCGCCAGCGAGGAGCUACAACCAACCGAAGACUCGUGCACAGCCUCCUCAGUAGCACAGGUACACGCUGGCAGAAUUAAACUUUAUAUUAAUUGCUGGUCCAACAUUACAAAUAACAAAGUUGUUCUAUCAUGGAUUGACCAGGGAUAUUCUAUCCCAUUCAGCUCAGAGGUCACACAGCAUACAAUACCAGCCCUUUCCAGUCUGUCCUCAACAGAAAGUCAGGAAAUGUCUUGUGCUAUAAAUAAGUUACUUGAAUUAGGAGCCAUAAACCGAUGUAAGCCAACGAAAAAUCAAUUUAUAUCUAGAACUUUUCUAGCACCGAAAUCCAACGGUGGUAAAAGAUUUAUUUUAAACCUCAAACCCCUCAAUAAAUUUGUUUCAAAAUUACAUUUCAAGAUGGAGGAUUAUAGAACCGCCACGAAACUUAUUCCACGGGGCGGAUUCCUAGCUACCAUAGACUUAAAGGAAGCCUAUCUAUUGGUGCCUAUAUCCCCGUCAGAUCGGAGAUUUUUAAGAUUUCAUUACAAAGCUCCUAAUUCAAGUACUGUUUAUACAUAUGAGUUUACAGCUAUGCCCUAUGGCCUGUCGGUAGCACCCAGGGUUUUUACUAAAAUCAUGAAGGAGGUAAUAACCUACCUCCGUAAACGCGGUUUUAAGUCGGUGAUCUACCUCGAUGACAUAUUGUGCGUAGGAGACACCUAUGAUGAGUGUUUACACAACGUACAUGAGACGAUUAAAUUGUUACAAUGUUUAGGUUUCAUAGUAAAUUAUGAAAAAAGUUCUUUGAUCCCCUCGCAAAUAUGCAAAUUCUUAGAUUUCAUAUAUAAUACCAAAGACCUAUCUAUUUCAUUGCCAAUCGAAAAGCGUAAUCAUUUAGUGCAGAUGGUCAGGAAGUUCAUUAGCUCACAAACAUACACUAUUAGAGAAUUUGCUCAAUUAAUUGGUGGUCUGAUCGCAGCCUGUCCGGCAGUAAAAUAUGGUUAUUUAUACACAAAAAUAUUAGAAAGACAGAAAUUCCUAGAAUUACAACAAAAUAACAAUAACUAUGAUGCCAAAAUUAACCGUUCAACUGUAAUUUUGCAAGAUUUACAUUGGUGGCGUGAUAAUAUUUUUAGUACAAAUAACCAAAUGAGAACGUUAUCCUAUAAAAAAGAAAUCUUCACUGACGCUAGUAGGACCGGAUGGGGGGCGGUGUGUGAUGGUAAAAAAGCCAACGGGAGAUGGAAGGCCACAGAAGCAGAACACCACAUUAAUUAUUUAGAGCUGUUAGCUGCAUUCUUGGGCCUGAAAAGUUUCGUUAAUGAAGACGACGCACACUGCACAAUAUUACUGCGUAUAGAUAACACCACAGCUAUUAGUUAUAUUAACCGCUUAGGUGGAAUACAGUUCCCGCACUUGAACAACCUCACAAGGUCACUAUGGCAAUGGUGCGAGAAGCUGAACGUGAGUGUAUUCGCGUCAUACAUAAAUACAAAAGAGAACAUUGCAGAUUCUGAAUCAAGAAGGAUUAACCCCGAUACAGAAUGGGAGCUCUCACAUAACGCUUUCGAGCUCAUUAUCCAAAACUUUGGUUACCCCGAUAUUGACCUGUUUGCUUCUCGCAGCAAUGCAAAAUGCGACUCUUUUGUCUCCUGGAGACCAGAACCAGAUGCAUAUACCGUAGAUGCUUUCACAAUUAAUUGGCAGAGAUUCUUAUUUUACGCUUUCCCGCCGUUUUCUUUGGUAUUGAAGUGCAUACGAAAAAUCAUCGACGAUGAGGCUACUGGUAUUUUAAUUUUCCCCAACUGGCCAUCCCAGCCGUGGUUCCCCGUGCUGCAAACAUUACUAGAUUCAAAUAUACUUUACAUGGAUCCCAAUAAAUACCUACUUCAAUCUCAUUUCAGAGAUCAUCACCCCUUACACAACAAGCUUACCCUGGGUGCCGCGAGGCUCUGCGGGAGGCGCUCGCGCGCCGCGGCACGCCGCUAGCGGCACUCGACCUCAUGCUGGCGUCACUCUCUGACAACACCAUCAAGCAGUACAGCGUCACUCUUAGGCUCUGGUGGGAAUAUUGCGCUGCUCACAAUACCACAGUUUAUACUAAAUCCAUACCGUUUAUACUAUCUUUUCUAACAGAACAGUUCAGUAAAGGUUGUUCAUAUGGCUCUCUCAAUAGUCACCGGUCAGCAUUGUCCUUAUUUUUAAAUGAUAAAAUUGGUUCAGACGACAGCAUAAAGCGAUUAUUAAAGGGAGCUUAUAAGCUCAAACCAAGUCUUCCUAAAUACACGUCCACUUGGGACCCACAAAUAGUACUCAAUUAUGCUUCAAAUUGGUAUCCAAAUUUAGAAUUAAGAUUAGAAGACAUCACAAAGAAACUUGCUAUUCUAUUGGCACUUACUACAGCACAUAGGGUGCAAACAUUAUCUUUAAUAAAAAUUGAGAAUAUUUCAAUAACUGGUAACGGUGUAAAAAUAGCCAUAAUAGACAUAAUUAAAACCUCAUGUCCGGGUCGGGAUCAACCUACUUUGUAUCUACCCUUUUUCAAGGACAACUUAAAAAUAUGCCCUGCUUCAACCCUCAACGAUUAUAUUUUUGUUACCAAAAAUAUGAGGGCUUCGAAUGUGGGAAACCUGUUCUUGACCCUUAAAUCACCACAUAAGGCAGCUACAGCGCAGACCAUCAGCCGCUGGAUCAAACAGGUAUUGUCAGAGAGCGGCGUAGACGUAGGCACUUAUAGCGCCCACAGCACGCGACACGCGGCCACGUCGGCUGCGCUCGCCGCUGGUGUAAGUGUCGAUACGAUUAGGAAAACGGCAGGCUGGACCAGCUCAUCAACAGCAUUCGCUCGUUUCUACAAUAGGCCUAUUAUAGACGAAAGCGGCUUUGCCAAGGCAGUUGUUUUGCCAAAUUAAUUAAUAAGACCCUAUAAAGCUCGAUGAUUGUAAAUAAUUUGAUUUAGCUUACGAAUUAUUAUUAUACAUAGUUGCGUAAAUCAUAAACUGAUUGUUGAUGUUAAUUAAGGGACUAGUCCUUGUUUGUUUUGUUAUGAUUGCAAAAUAAAAGUUUUCUACUUUAUAAAAACA